UGUCUCUUUGUCUCUCCCUAGGACGCUGCCCUUUGUCUGCCUGUCUGUCUGCCCCUCCGCGGAUGUGAGCAGAGCCCCCUCAGCUGUCUCUGUCUCCCCCUCCCCCACCGUCUCCAUCCUCUGCCGCAAUGGUUCUGGUCCUGGCCGCCGGCAGCCUCUUCUUCCCGGGUCUCUUCCUCCUCUCCAAGGCCGGGCUGCGGAGGCUGCGGCUGUUCCGAGGGGAGGAAUCCAACACCGUCAUAGUGUCCGCCAGACUGGUCUCCUCCAUACAAGCUGUCUUGGCCUCCACAGCUGGAUAUAUCGUGGCCUCCUCCUGUAAAGAUGUCAUUGAGGACCGACAUUGGUUGGCUGCCACCUACACACGCUUUGCAGUUCCAUACUUUAUAUAUGACAUCUACGCCAUGUACCUCUGUUACUGGCACAAGCACAAGUUGAAGGGACACCCAGGAGGCUGGGAACUCACCAAGGCCUACCUACAUAAGGAGUUUCUCAUGGUCCUGCACCAUGUCUUUAUGGUGGCCGUCUGCUUCCCUGUGUCAGUGCUGUGGAGAGAAGGAAAGGGCGACUUCUUUUUGGGGUGCAUGCUGAUGGCUGAGCUCAGUACCCCAUUUGUUUGUCUCGGGAAGGUCCUGAUCCAGUAUAAGAAGCAGGACACCAUUCUGCACCGGGUCAAUGGCGUCAUCAUGCUAGUGACUUUUUUCUGCUGCCGCUUGCUGCUGUUCCCCUACAUGUACUGGGUGUACGGGCAGCGGGUGGGACUGCCCCUCUACAGGGUGCCCUUCAACCUCUCCCCGGAAUACAACAUUGGUGCGGCCAUCCUCAUGGCUCCCCAGGUCUACUGGUUUUACCUAAUCUGCCGAAGAGCUUACAGUCUUUGCCAGCAGUCUAGGAUGAGCCACCGACCCAGGAAUGGACAUCCAGUCACCGACAGCCCCUCAGCCAAAGACCAGGACUGCUCUCAGUGACCCCCCCAUAGACGCUCAUCACCAAUUCUGAGACUCAGUGUGACCACGGCGGCAUAAUAGACUGUGCUUUGCUGGAUACAUAUACGGCACGGUGUCACGUCCUGCUCUGGGGGUCUCUAGGGGGCGCUCCGAAGAGAUCAUGACCUCUCUGAAGGGUCUCAUCCACAGUGUGACAGUAUUAAUGGAUUCUACUACUGCGGUGCUCGUAGUGACCACUGGGUGUCACUG